AUGCUGCGCAAACAAUUCUUGUUCGCCAGCCUCUCGGGCAUUGCGCUAGCGCAGUUCCCACCGGAACCAAAGGGCAUUACGGUGCUGAGGUCCAAGUUCCACGAGAACGUCACCAUAUCAUACAAAGAGCUCAAUGGCGGCCCUGGCGGCUCCUCGCUAAUGGGCGCGUUUGAGGAGCUUGGGCCGUGUUAUGUCACAUCUGACUCCAAAGACACAUAUCUCAACCCAUGGAGCUGGAAUAACGAGGUGAACAUGCUGUUCCUAGACCAGCCCAACCAGGUCGGCUUCUCCUAUGAUGUUCCCACCAAUGGAACUUUUCAAGCGGCCAGCGACAGUGACGGGGGUGACAGCGAAGCCGGCGGGUUUUUCCACGCUGUCCCAACCAAUUUUACGGAAGACAACCCGCCUAUCGCCAACCUGACGUCUUACCCGGGGACUUUUGCCAGCCAGAAACUAUCAUCGACGCAGAAUAGCACUGCGAGUGCGGCGCACGCGCUAUGGCACUUCGCACAAACAUGGUUUUUCGAGUUCCCUCACUAUAAGCCUGAAGACAAUGGCAUUAGUCUGUGGGCUGAGAGCUAUGGUGGGCAUUACGGCCCGGGCAUAUUCAAAUUCUUCCAGCAGCAGAACGAUAAGAUUCGUGACGGGACUUCAAAAGAGAAGGAUGCGCAUUACCUGCAUCUUAAUGCUCUGGGUAUUGUGAAUGGAUUAAUAGAUGUUGUUGAGCAGGGCCAGGCGUAUCUGGACUUCGCAUACAAUAAUGUAAGUUAG